GUCACAGACUGUCAUACUGACAACUUGUGUUUUUGUUUGGGUUAGAAAAAUUGUUUAAUCUUAAUUAUUUAAAUAUUUGAUCUUCAUAAAACGGUAUAAUGUUCAGCAUAAGGCAAGUGGCUGUUAAUGUCGUUAGGAAUGGACGUUCCAAACAUACUUUACCUGAUCUACCUUAUGAUUAUGCAGCUUUGGAACCCAUCAUUUCAAGAGAUAUUAUGAACUUGCAUCACAGUAAACAUCAUCAGACUUAUGUAACUAAUUUGAACGCAGCCGAAGAAAAAUUGAAAGCUGCAGUUGAAAAAGGAGACGUAAGUGGUGAGAUAGCACUUGCCCCAGCAAUUAAAUUCAAUGGAGGUGGACAUCUAAACCAUUCAAUUUUCUGGCAGAAUUUAAGUCCAAAAAGUUCAGAACCAAGUACUGAACUAUGCAAGGCUAUUGAAACAUCAUUUGGAGGUAUUGAUAAUUUAAAGAAACAGCUUGCAGCACAAACAAUUGCUAUACAAGGAUCAGGAUGGGGAUGGUUGGGUUAUGAUAAGAGUUCCGGUUUGAUAAAAAUUGCCACCUGCGCUAAUCAAGAUCCUCUUCUUGCUACUACCGGCCUUGUACCUCUAUUGGGUAUUGAUGUUUGGGAACACGCAUAUUACCUACAAUAUAAAAAUGUUAGAGCUGAUUAUGUUAAUGCCAUAUUCGAUAUUGUUAACUGGAAAGAUGUUUCAGAAAGGUUUAAGAGUGCUUCCAGUUAAUUUGAUGUUCAAUAGUAAUGUGCGAUAUUUUUUUAUUUUUAGAUAUGCUGUUUAUGUUGAUAAAGUGUCAAGUUUAUGUUAUUGAGGCAAUAUUAGUGAUCUGAGAGUUCCAUGUACUAUUGUUAUUGCUAUUUUGUUCCAUUAUUUAGAAUUUUGCAGUUUAUUUUUCGUAAUAAAUGAAUAAAUGCUAUUAUUACAUUAA